GGCUGCAGUGUGUGGUACGACCUCAUAGCUGAUAGCACGCUCCUUGGGGACUGCCCAAACUUAUCACGUGAAACUUAAUACGCGAGUACCCAAGUGUUUUACGAUGCUUAUGACAUAAACAUCCCUUAACUCGAACUAUAUGACGUUCCACGCUACUUUUUCAGUUAGUUCCCGUGUUAUAUUGUAAUAUAUGGAGCAAACAGCCUUUUAGAUGCGUUACAACAUGAAUAGCAUUCAGUCGUCGAUUUACAUGAUUGGUAUAUUAAUGCUGGGACUCGAUUCCAAAUUAGCAGGAGAGGCAUUUCAGCCUGAAUUUGCUGAACCCAUUGGCAAUUUGACAGUGCCAAUAGGAAGAGAUGCUACUUUUCGAUGUCUUGUGCAAAACUUAGGCGGAUAUAGAGUAGGGUGGGUGAAAGCAGACACAAAGGCAAUACAAGCCAUACACGUCCAUGUUAUCACCAACAACCAUAGAGUAGGAGUGUCCCAUAAUGGGCAGACCGUAUGGAAUUUGCACAUUAGAAACGUCCAGGAGGACGACCGCGGUCAAUACAUGUGCCAGAUCAAUACCGACCCUAUGAAAAGCCAGAUGGGUUACUUGGAAGUAGUAGUACCACCGGAUUUUAUAGCAGAGGAGACAUCUGGAGACAUAAUGGUGCCUGAAGGUGGAACGGCUAAACUGUCUUGCAGGGCCCGCGGGCAACCUGCACCUCGCGUUAUGUGGAGAAGGGAAGAUGGUUCCGAAGUCGUUAUUCGUUACACAAAUGGCAGUAAAAGCAAAGUACCUGUAUAUGAAGAUGAAGUUCUCACACUCAAUAAGAUCUCACGGUCUGAUAUGGGGGCAUAUCUUUGCAUCGCAAGUAAUGGCGUGCCUCCAUCUGUGAGCAAGCGAAUAGUCGUGAAAGUUCAUUUUCACCCGGUUAUCCAAGUGCCUAACCAACUGGUGGGAGCACCGCUCGGUACUGACGUCACGCUGGAGUGCUACGUGGAAUCUUCUCCCAAGUCCAUCAACUACUGGGUUAGAGAAUCAAGUAAGCGUUAUAGAAACUUUAGAAAUUUAAAACUUUAGAUCUUCUUAAAUAUUCAUACGAUUAACA